AUGUCAUCAUUUUGGAACGAUAAUUAUUUUGGUAAUCGCUAUUCUAACGACACAUGGGGAGCAAAUGCUACCAAUGAGGAAGAGGAGGAGGUUGUGUCUGAAGUCCCUGUUGAUAAAAAACCACAGUUGCCAGAUUUGAACAAGACUCCCACUCCACCUGUUGAUGAACCAAAUUACCCGGCACAUCAAGUGUAUCAAGAUUACGGAUACGAGUAUGAAUCUCCGUACAUGCAGCAAAGUGGAUACGGUGCUGAGAAUGCACCUGUUGAUGUACCAUAUUACCUGACGCAGCAAUCGUAUCCGGGUUACGGGGUAUACGGGGAUGAAGGUGGAUACGGAAGUUACAGUGGAUACGGCGGUGAAGGUGGAUACGGGGGUGAAGAAAUGGGAAAGGAGUAUGGUUACGUAAUUGUUACCCGCCGAUCUAAAAAUAUUGGCGGUACUACUGGGAUGGUAUGGCUUGUGUGCGACCGUAGUGGUGAGCACCGUAGUAAAGCAACAGUUAGGAAAGCUGGUAGCAAAAAAAUCGGUUGCCCAUUUUCAUUACUCGCCAUACGGGACGUGACGAAUGACACGUGGGAGUUAAAAGUGGACUGUGCGAACCAUAACCACGAACCUACGACGAGUCUGUUGGGCCACGCUUUUGUGCGAAGAUUUACUAAAGCCGAAUACAAGCUAGUGGAGCAGCUAACUGCUCAAAACAUGGAGCCACGUAUCAUAUUUCAAACCCUAAGAAAGCAGUUCCCCGACAGCCUGCACGUUCAGAAAGACGUGCAAAAUGCGGUACAAAAAAUUAGAGCGACAAUAAUGGACGGAAAGAAUCCUAUUCAGGCACUGGAAAGCCUGCUGCAUGACCGCCGAUUCAUUUACGACACCCGACAGGAUCCCAAAACAGAUGUCGUAACAGAGAUUUUCUUUGUUCAUCCUUAUUCAAUCACUAUGUGGCGUGCAUUCCCGCACGUGAUGUUGAUCGACGCGACCUACAAAACAAACCUCUACAACAUGCCAUUUGUCCAGGUUGUGGGUAUGACGUCGACUGGGAAGUCUUUUUGUAUCGCACAUGCCGUUAUUUGUAAAGAACGAAGGGGUAACUACGUGUGGGUGCUUGAGCGGAUCAAGUCAAUAUUGCAUGAAUGUAUGAUGCCGCGUGUGAUAGUCACGGAUAGGGAGCUUGCCCUAAUUAACGCGUGUUCUAAAGUAUUCCCGAACGCAACCAGGCUUCUAUGCCACUUUCACAUCCAACAAAAUAUAGCUAGACAGUGCAAGAAAGGGUUCGAUAAAGAAGAUUGGGGGAAAUUUAUGUCGUACUGGCGGAGAUUGUACGAAUCUUCAUCAGAGCCCAUGUACAAGUACAACUUGGAGAAAAUGUGUCUAUGA